GCCCAGGCAAAGCAGGAAAAUCCUCCAGCCCCAGUGCAGAGGUACCAUUUGGUGGGUUUCCCAGCGUUUUCCAGCCAUACUGUACAGCCUCCCCGCUGAAACCUUCCCAGGGCACUGGCAGAUCGUGGCGACGAAUUACUGACAGUCCACCACUACCCACACACACCUGGCCACUGCACCGUUGCGCUGCACACCCACACGCCCACUCUUUCGCCCUCGCUCCUCGCUGCUUUCCCUGUCCCCUGCCAAAUCUCAGUGGACUCUCCCUCGACAACUCUUGGGACUUCGAUCUUGCAUCUUUGCAUCCUCGACAUCUUUCGCUCUCUCGCAUCACGCAACAUCGUGCAACGGCCGACGUCGAUUCUCUCACCUGCUUCUGUCGACGACCCGAGUUCCGAUUGCUUCACCUCACUCCCACGAUCUUUGCCGACGAAGGAUGGAAACGCUCGUUUGAAAUCAACCAGAUUGAACCUCCCGUUGAACCGUAUGGAUAUUCGACGCAGCGGCCUCUGACCCUGCCUUUAUAUCGAACUGGAUGCGUGCCGACCACGCUUAAGCACCAUUUUAUAAACGAUCUUCUCGCACAUUGGCACUAGAUACUGGCUUCCCUGGGUCGACUCGCUCACAUCAUGCGGCCGAGAUUUGCCGCCGCCGCCAUUGUCAUGGCUGGCCAUGCUCUCGCGCGCGAACCUGGACCGAUGGACUUGCAAGCUGGCUCAUGGCUUGGUAAUGAUGGCAACUGGUCCACUGUUCAGGUCCUCUUGGGCUCAAGUUCAGACUUGGUCCAAGUAUUGCCCAGUACUUCACUCUCAGAAUUUUGGGCUGUAGGCGCUGGAGGAUGUGCACCAACCCAACCGCAAUGUAUAACCGCAAGAGGCUCAGUAUACAAGCCUUGGUCUUCGCGUACCUGGUCUUCAUGGGGCGUUUAUGAACUGGGCACUGACUACCUAGGAUCUACUGGUGUUGGACUCUACGGAUCUGACGGCCUGAAACUCUACUCACCCAUUAUUAACUUUGGCUUCAACAUGAGCGAUGCCGUCGUCUCGACCAUCAACACGACGGAAUUUUUUCUCGGAUACUUGGGCCUCAACAUCGGCGUCGGACAGUUUGGACAAAACGAGGGCCAUUCUAUCCUCGAAAAAGCCGUCAAUCCCUAUGGCUGGCUCCCCAGCUACACAUACGGCUAUACAGCCGGUGCACAUUAUCGAAAUAUGCCAGUUUCGCUCACUUUGGGCGGCUACGACAGCGCUCGUUUCGUCCCGCACGAAAUUGAUUUCGUCUUGACAGCGUCCGACAAGUCGCCGCGCCCAACUGUUAGAGGCAUUCAAGUAAAUGCCAAGACUAAGCAAGCUGGCUGGAACGGCUCCAGCAAAAUUCUCUCAACCUACAACGAGUCGUUUUUGGCACUCAUUGACAGCACAACGCCGUUCUUGUGGCUUCCAGAAGUUGUGUGCGAUGCAUUUGCCACAGCCUUUAAUCUUACUUAUAACGAAACAUUCCAAGUAUACACGCUCACUGAUGACCAGUAUGGGCGCUUCCGGGACUCUGAGGACUACUCAUUUACUUUUAGUCUCUCCAGCCCCGAAAACCGCGAUAACUUUGGUCAACCCUUGGAUGUUCCGGGUGUUGUCAACAUUACCGUACCUAUGCGAUCAUUUAUUGGCACAUUACAAGGUCCCUACAAAAACAAGAUUGCCUAUGGCGACCCGUCAGUUGCCUACUUUAUGCUUCGCAAACAGAGCAAUGAUAAAACGCCUAUUAUCGGAAGAGGAUUUCUCCAAGAGUCAUACUUGAUCACAAAGUACGACCAAGGAUCUUUCCGUAUUCAUCAAGCUGCCUUCCCUAAGGAUCCAAAGGCCGAUGCCAGACUACUGCCAGUCAACCGAACUGCAAACAGCUUAUACCCCGGCCCCCCAACCAACCAGCCUGGUACUCAUACUGGGCUAUCCGUUUCGCAGAUGGUUGGGCUGAUUGCCGGACUAUUGGUUUUGUGUACCGUUGGCAUUUUCAUUACCUGCUGCAUCUGGAGGAGAAAUGUUCGCAAGAAUAAACGUCGUGAGCAGGCAGGAUUGGAUGAUGAGUUUGCCAAGGACACCGGCUCUACCAUCGACCCAGGCUCACCGAGAACGCCGGUUUCUCGUAUUUUAUCCAAGAUUGCUCGUAAGAAGCGAUCCAAGCGAACCAUUAGAGAACCCGAUAUGGCAGAGGCUCAUACAUUUGAGGCACCGAACGCAGAGAUCUAUGAAAUUGAAGCACCGUUGCCACCAGUAGAGCUCGAUGGAGGGUGCCAUGAGGCUGAUGUCAUCGGCGAUGAAGCACUCGGAACAGAUCAGCAUCUCACCGAAUAUGAGAUUGCCAAGCGUAAAAUGGCCAGGCAACUGAAGGGACCUGUUCCCGCGUACGCUCCGCCCGCCAACGGCGUCUUCCCGUCAGAUGAGAAGCGCCCUAUCCGCCCCUUGAACACUCUCCUCAUCCCAUCCAAUGACGACGUAUCACCUACCAGAUCAGCCGAAGGCCAGACAAAUGCCUCGCUGCCAGGAAUGAUGCCCUCACCGGUGUCUCCCCGAACUGGCUGGGGAACGCACUCGACGAACGAGUUGCCUUCUCCUGUGACCGCAUCCAACCCAGCACACUCCACAUCCUCUCGAUCACAAACUCGAAGUCGUAGAGGAACAGCAACGUCUGCACGAUCCGGUGUAUCUCAAGACCACACCGCAAGCCGCUCCAACUCGGACAGAUCUACGAACGACAACACGUCUUCGGCACAACGCGGUGGUAUUCCCCAAGCUGCAAUCCAGCGAGCACCUAUCGACCCAACAAAGAUUGUUUGCUUGGGACCUCUGCCAGACAAUAUCCAGCUCUUCAGGCAACAGGUUGCCUCUAAGGAUGGAGGCUCUUCUGCUGAAAAUCCUGCAACACGGAGCUUAUUCAAAGCAGAGCCUCACUUCUCCGAAGGCAGUUUAGGAAGCAACUACACUGAUGUGGAGAAUCAAUAUGUGGAAGAAAUGACACGCCAGGAGAGUCUCUCGUCACGAUCCCACGGCACACGUCCCACCCAAGGCACGAAUCAAACAAUACCGCCUUGGAACCCGUCGUUGCAGGCUGGCACUUCAAAUGCGAAAACCGAGACCACCAUCUCGCGACAGCGAUCGAAUGAUUCUACCAGCAGCGGUGAGCACAAGGAAGGCCGUAUAGAUGGCCCUGAUCUUAUCCAUGUGCCACAGAUGGCAGAGAAGCGAUACAGUUGGGAAGAGGAACGCUGAGAGUGGUAUUGAACACAACACCAUCUUGCUGUAUAAAAUGAGCACGCCCGAGGCUUGCCCGUUGCACUAUAUAGGGGUUAUACCCGCAGAUGACGAUCCUUAUCAACAAGCACAAGUACGAUUUUAUGUUUGAAAGAGUUCAUAGAGACUCCGGCGUUUUGGGAAAGCAUUGGGUUAUUUUUAUUAUAUUACGAACUUGGAUUCUGCAUCUUGGUCUGCUUGGAUAUGGCGAGCAUCGCAGGAGACGGCGAUGCUUGCAUGCACUCUUUUUUAUCGAAGCAUACCUUUUUCUUUCUUUUUUUGGAUGAUGACCGCAUAAUUUGCCGUCUCGAAUAGUUAGAGCGUAAUUGGAUUGAAACCGGAGAUCACUUGAUUUGGUUUUUCGAAUCUAUUUGGAUUUAUAUGCGCAGCUUCUUGCGCAAAGCUGCAGAGAUUGUUAGGAGUAGCUGCCUUGUUAUUGAGCAGUCUUACUAAUAGUUGUUCCGCGACGGAACGAGGAUAUAUAGCCAUUCUCACAUCAGGAAUAUACACUACUUAUUUUUUUUUUUUUCACAUUCAAGUUUACUCAUUGAGCAUAUGUGUAUGUUAUUCUACCAAAUUUCUUGCCACCAUGUCACGCUAUCAAGAAGAGCCUUUCUUGUUGCCUCAACAUCAUCGCCCUGGGCGCGUCCACUCUCUAAGAAAGGGUCAAAGACGGCUCUUUUACAGGCGUCAGCCAUCUUUGACGAUCCACCGCAAACUGUAAAGAUUGGAUUUUGAGCCAACAGGGUCGCCAACUGCUCCGAUUGUUGGCGAAUGAGAUCUUGAACAUAUAUCUUUUCGCGUUGAUCUCUAGAGAAAGCCGUGUGAACUGUUAAAGGGCAUGCCGCUGUUUGGAGAUCCUUCCACUCGUCCUCGAAAAAGUAAUCCGACGAUUUGUUUCGGUUACCGAAGAAGAGAAUCAUGGGGCCAGUAUCGGGGUGCGUGAGGCGUUCAUGGAUUAAAAAUCUGACGGGAGCGAGACCAGUUCCCGUGGCCAUCGCAAUAAGAGGACGCUUUGCAUUGUCGGGGCCAUGGAUGGGAGAGAGUACAGCUUUUCGCGACACUGUGAGCUGCGAGCCUCGCUGUAAACUGUCAAGGUAGCGGGAGCAAAGGCCCUCGCGUGGUUUACGCAGUAUCGUCUUGUAUCGGACCAUGGCAACGAGAAGGUCGAUGCGCGUGGCGGUUGUUGCUUUAUCGGGAGUUGGAGAUUGGGAAGCCCUGUUGGCUAUGCUAAAGUCGCGGCCGCGGAUGAGGGGGAAUAUGUCUAGGAUGCGAGAACUUGGGAUUUGGACCGAUGUGAAUUCAUCAAGUACUUCGAUGAUUGUUCGGCGUGAUCGCGUGGCGUAAUCGAAGUACUCGUCGAUAUAGUCGGGCAUGCUGAACUCUAGUAGACGUUCUUUGUGGUAUGGGUCUGUUGAAAAGUAUGACAUGUUUUUGAGAAAGGAGCGGCGGGGGAUGGCGGUGAUGUCGAUGUUGUUGAGAAGUAGCUGGCGCAGGGUGCAGUUUGGAGACGAGAAGAGGUUUUUGGGAAGCGAAGGGCACAGAGAUAGAUCCAGUGGCUGGUCGGCGAUAGGACCCCAGUUCAUGAGUUCGAUUAGUCGCUGAGCAUCCUUGGGGAAGUUCUUGGGGUAAAUGGUAAGACAGUCUCCAGGAUGGCAUUGGAGAGAGUCGGGAGAUUCUAUGUCAAAGGAGAAGAGUCGUACAUCCUGCCAGUGAGUGUCGGGGGUCAUUCGUUUACUCGUAGCUAAUUUGGCGGUAUAUCCGUCUGGUAUGGGGAGAAGAGUGGCUGGAGGGGCUGUGUCAUCUAUUGUCUCUGGUGGGGAGACAGGUUUGUCGUUGAGUACUUGUAAUGCGGGCUCAAGGGACCAGCGUGCAGGGAGUAUAACGUCGUCGGGUAUAGGGUCUUGGCCAUCCGGCGGUGGGUAAUGUUGUAGGACAUGUUUGUAGAGCUCAUCUGACCAUCGUACAAAAGAGCCGUCGAG